AUGGAGGAUUUCGCCGCAACGCCCCUGUCCGAAAUUUCUUCUUCAGACCUUAUACAUGCAUUCGGCGCAUCUUCGCAAAAACGAGUUCCCCCUGCCCAGCCAUGGUCCAGAAUACACCCUUCCUCGCUGUUUGGAAUUUUCGACUCUCUCCCUAACAGCACUGUGAAGCGAAUCCUCAGCCUCCUCGACGUUCAAUCUUUGACGCGAGUUGCACGAACAUGCACUGCCGGAGCCAGGUUAAUGCAGACUCUCCCAGCUUAUGUCGACAUGCUCAAGCACGCGCCCCGAAUUCUUAGGGCCCUUGGCCAGACGAACCUCCUCAAACACCAUUCGAUCGCACUGCUGACACACGUUCUUCGAAACGACGGCCGUUGCUGUGCCUGUAAGAGGAGAUUCGGUGGAUACAUGUUUCUUCCUACGGCUGACCGCGUCUGCCGCAUUUGCGUCAAAUCCGAUCCAUGCUUUCAGAUGGUCCCCUAUCCUAUGCUGUUGCGAUAUGGGGUGCUCACUCAUUCCCAACGUUAUACGCUCCCUGUCAUGCGUGUUCAUCCGGCCUACUUUGUGGAAAUGCUAGGUGAAGAGAGAUUUGUCCCUCAAUAUCUCGUGAGCAUCAAGGAUGUAGGGCUACACAAGAUGCUGCCGAUUCGGCACAGACUUGAUGCUGCUGCCCAAGAGCAGCUGUUCCGCGCCGAGAGGAGAUACACUCGCGGCUUUGACACUACCAUCAGAUAUCCCGUAAACAGUCAUUUUCCUCUAAAGUACGUGGAUAGCCCCGAGGCACUGCAGCAUCAAGACUUUGAUAGUGAUCCGCAACAACUAUAUCGAGCCGAGGGGGACAACUAUCCCGGCAGGGCGUACAUAAAGUUCCCGAACGUGUCCAGCAAGGGAAAUACCAACCGCACAGAACGCGGGAUAUUGUGCUUGGGAUGUUGGCAUGCCUACGAAUUGCUCUGUGACCGUGCAAACCCGGACCGAGUCAGCGAUCUGUGCCCUCCGUUUAUGCUUAUUCGUGACCAGCGCUUGAUUAACCGAGAUCAGCUGCUGCGGAAAGGCGAGUUUCGGGAACAUGUCAUUCACUGUCCUGGCAUUCAGGGGCUUUUGGAAGAAUGGCAGCAAGGGACUCAGAGAUGGAUGCCAGGUUCUCCGCAAUAG